CUUAAUUUGUUUUUGGUAUGUUUAUAUUUAAAGCUGUAAAAUAUGGUUUAAGUUAAAGGAUUGUUGGUGUUAGAAAGUGUUUCGUACUUUUAUGUUAAUUGCUGCAUUGUACCAAUUUUUCUAAUUGCUAUAUAAACGGACACGUUUUAUCUUUUAUUGUUAAUUUACGAUCAUUGAAUGGCAGUCGAAAGUAUUAAACAACAUUGCAACUGAUGUUCGGUGCACAAUGGCACAUUAAAUGUGAUAUAUCGUUAAGUUAAAUUACAUUCAAAAAGAGGGAUCUAUUUGGACUAGCUGUUGUGAAGCAUGGAGCUGAUUACUGCUGUCCUGUCUGGCUCGGUCAUUGCUGCGUUUAUUCUUAUCUAUAAGAGACAGAAACAAACGCCUGAUAGACAGUGUGGGCGAGACUAUCCGGCCGACACGGUUAUACUCCACCAAUUUCCUCGAGGACCGUUCGCUCCGAGUAUGUCCCCCUUCUGUAUCAAGAUAGAGACAUUUCUGAGGAUGGCAGAAAUACCGUACCAGAAUGUUCACAGUUACACAAUGGGACCAAAAGGGAAGUCCCCAUGGAUAGAGUACAACGGUGAGACCCUUGGAGAUAGCGAGAUGAUUACGUCCUACCUGGUUGAGAAAUGUGGGGUAAACCUCAGUACGGGCUUAACAGAAGAACAGAGGGCCAUAGGCCGGGCCUUCCAGACUCUCGUCGAUGAACGCAUGUAUUGGCUAGUUUUGUUAGAAAGAUGGGUGUUCCACAAAUCAGAGAUGUCUGGCACUCUCACCAAACUACCCGCCAUUUUAAUAUGGCAUAUCAGCCGGAAAACUAAGAAUAUGGCGUAUGCACAGGGCCUUGGCAGACAUACGCAAUCCGAAAUUGAAACAUUGCUUGAGAAAGAUUUGAAAGCAUUAUCGGAUUAUUUAGGUGACAAUAAAUAUUUUCUCGGCGAACAGCCUAGAGAGGUCGAUUGUGCGGUGUUUGGGCAGCUGUGUCAAGUCCGUUAUCAUGUGCCAAACAGUGUCAAAGCAAGAACAUACCUACAAGAAUCCCUUCCGAAUCUCACUGCUUAUAUGGACAGAAUGAUUGUGAAAUAUUGGCCGGAUUGGGAGGAAUGUAUGACAAAUGGAUUUGCGAAAGAGGCAACAAAAUAGAAAGAUACUUAUAGUUGAUAGUGACCACUUUUGGGGGCAUCCUUACAACAUUUGUAUGCGCGCUUGCCUUGAAAACGCUGGAAUCAUUUCUGGUGUCAGUCAAACAACGACGGUGUUGGUAUUCAAUAUUUGUCUUAAUCAGAUCUGAGAACGACCUAGCUCUUCAUAUAUGUUAUACUGGUCGCAUGAUUCUACUUUUGAGGCAAACUGGUGCAAUGUUUAUACGCUCGUUUUUCCGUCUUCAAUGGGAUUGGUGAGAAUAAGAAUGAUACAUAUAGUUUUAUUAUAUAGUUGUUCGCUAGAUUGUUUCCUUUUCCCGAGAUAAUAAUACAAGGUGUAAAAUAUCAUUUAAUACUAAAAUAGCUAUCAAAGCGUUUGUUUACAGUACAAUAAAUUUACUUGAACCAUUUUGUAAUAAUUUGCCGAUUGAAAAACAAAAAACUACAGUACACACAUUAAAAACGCAGAUUAUGUAGAAAUGUAUUUUUGCAGGUUUACUUUGAGAUCAAUCAAUAUUGUGGCAAUAUAAACUGUACAUAUGCUAAUUGUAUGUAAUUAACGUGCUUUAGGUUGCAACAAGAUUGAGCUAUAAAUAAUCGAGUUAAUUUGUAAAUUAUUAGUUCACAUAAGUGAGCCACAAGUACUUAGUGUGUUGUUUUGUAUUGGUGUGUCAAGCAAGGAAGACAACCCAGGUUUUCGCGAUCUGUUUAUACUGUUACAGUUGUUAUUCCUUACAAAAUGUUCUAUUUCAUGAUCUGUAUGUUACUGUAACAAUGUUUACAAAAUGUUGCAACUGCAUAAUUUGCGAUCUGAAUUGUACUGCUACAGUCAUUUUUAUCGUGGCAAUGUGUGAACUGUAUUGAACGUGUUUUUUAUUAGUCAAAAUGCUUUAAAAUAUUUAUAUCGAACUAUUGAAUAUAGUUAUCAAGGUCAGGAUUACUAGUUUUCACUGUUUAAGUUUUAUAAGAAGAAUGUCUCUCUAUGAUUUUUUUUUCAUUGGUUAGAUUUCUAAAAAGUUUAUGAAUAAAGAUAUGAAAAGGUUUUAAUUUAUUAUUCUCUUGUAUACGAAACUGUAGCAAAAGCAUUGAUAUAAGCGUAAAUAUUUAAGCCAUUUUAUAUUGAUUUCAAUGAAUUUUAUUUACUUUUCUUUCUAUUUUACUAUAUUUGCUUUGAAUAUUAAUAAAUGUACUUGAAUAGUUUUCA